UUACGUCCCUUUAAGCAAUCUUUUAUCCGGGUCAGGGUCAAAUUUGUAAUAUAUUGUCGCAAGUUUAGAUUUGAUUUUUGUCGCAUACAAUGAGAAUUGAUAACAACUCUGUUAGAUAAAAGGGUGUAGCUUAACAGGUUAGAAUACAGUCAUGGAAAAUCUGCAAGAGAACUUGGAAUUCUUCUCAGAUGACGUCAGAGACUUCAAAGACGCACUUAAUCAAAAACUUGAUGACGUCGAAACUAGACGUGCACAGGAACGAGACAAGAUCACGCGCAUGACGAAUGACAUGAAAAUAACCAUACAAAGAGUAGAAGAUAAACUUGUUGCCGAAAACUAUUUACUGUUUUCUCAGUAUGAAGAGUAUUUAAAAAUGAGUAUUGACUCAUCAUCACAAAUGGAGAAAGAAUUAUCUGCCAUCCGGUCUGAAGCAGAAGACGCUGUACUUUCAGGCACUAAGGAUGAAACCAAAGAGGGAAUAUUACUUCACAAAUACGAUUCUUUACAAGAUCGACUUGUUGCUCUUCAGAAGGGUGCUGUUCCGCCAGUGUUCAAGCCUGUUAAAGAAGAUUUGUUGGUUGUAAAGAGCAUGGAUAUUGGCACAUUUGAGCAUAACGAAGCACAAAGUGAGCCUCUAACAAUAGCUUUUCCCUCCCAACGCGCUGUGGAUGUUGGCCAUUGUUUCCUCACGGGACUACUUUGGAUCAACAAUAUGUUUGUCGUAUCAGACAAGGCAAACAAGAAACUUAAGUUCUUCGAAGAAAAUGGAAGUUUUCUUGGCGAACUCUUGUUUACAAAUGCACUACCUUACGGUGUCUGUCAUAUUAAAGAUAAUUCUUUUGCCGUUUCAUUGCCAAAAGCCAGACAGAUAUACAUAGUAUGCAUACAAGAUAAAACUGCCAGAGUACUUUCCAGCUUCCAGACAUACGUGGGGUAUGCUGGUUUGUGCAAAGGCCUUAGGGUAGGCUCGAUGAUUGCAACCAUGGCUUCAAAUACCCCAGGAGAAUCGCACGUUGACAUCAUCGGGUUUAGAGGCGAAGUCUUUCUUUCCUUCAAAAAUGAUCCACAGUUAGGCCUUCCACUGUUCAAAUUCCCGAGAUACGUAGAAGCAUUUCAGGGGGUUCUCAUCAUAUCAGACUGGAGGAAGGAUUGCGUCAUUUUCUUGCAUGUGACAACCGGAAGUAUUCUGAAGGAGUAUCGCGGAACACGUGACCACCCACUGAUUAAUCCAUAUGACGUUAGCUUGGACGAACGCGGAAACGUCUACAUACUAAAUGGGAAAGACGGCAGCGUUCACGUUGUUGACGUUCAGUGUAAUUUGACAGACGUCAUCAAGGAGACGUCAGAGCUGUUGAAUCCCAGGCUUAUCGCUUACGAUGAUGCAAGUGGACGUCUUGCUGUCACAUACGGCGCAGGCGAUAUCAAAACGUAUCAUCACCGCGUUCCGGUGCCCGUUGAAGUAGAACCGGAAUCACCGCCGCCGCAUUCACCAUCGUUUCUGUUGCCUCCAAAGUCGGAUGCUCAUGCCCGUUGUCCGUCUCCAGGAUUUUAACAUAGAAGAAGGACGUCAGUGAAAAUAGGCCCAGAAUCUCUGCAGACCUGUUUUUACGAUAUCAAGUUCAGUUUUUACACAUGAUGUGACAGAUUAUCUCCUUAAUUAACUGCCAACAAGAGAUUUCAAUUUACAAAGACUAGCUACUUUUUUUAUCGGUCUUUUGAGAAACAUUCCGCUAGUCUGCGUCAGUAACAAAGACAUUGAAGCCGCUUACAGUAACUAGUUUAUCAUUUUAAAAAAGAAAGUGGCAAUGCAGUAUUCAAAGAUCAUCUGCCAAUGAAAUCAACGAUCUGGUGAUCCAUUAUAGAUCAAAUGAAUUACGUUGCCUUUUAAGGAGCCGGUUGUAAAAUUUGAUUCACACUGUAAAAAGGCUGCCGACAGUAUAGCGUCUUCAUGCUGAACGCUAAACACAGUGAUAACAGAUAACACAGCACAGACAGUACUAGACAUAAACAUAUAAAAAGCAAGAUACUUUUAUAAAUGAGAAUGGCGCUGAAGAAAUACUCAUUGUGCUAUUGAUAAUGUUAUUAGUUUGUGACUCUUUUUUCCGGAAGCGUACAACUCCGCUUAAAAUCGUUGUUUUAUAAUUAUUUGAGCCGCGCCAUGAGAAAACCAACAUAGUGGCUUUGCGACCAGCAUGGAUCCAGACCAGCCUGCGCAUCCGCGCAGUCUGGUCAGGAUCCAUACUGUUCGCUUACAAAGCCUAUUGCAAUUGGAGAAACCGUUAGCGAACAGCAUAGAUGAUCCAUGCUGGUCGCAAAGCCACAAUGUUGGUUUUCCCAUGGCACGGCUCAUUUCAAACAUUUGCAUUUAAAAUUAUGUAGGUUUUUGAUAUACUGAUUAAAGAAACGAGUUAAUUCCUAGCUAAUGGGACCAGUGAUCACAUACGAUUUUUUUUUUCAAAAAGUUGUCUAAAUGGCGGGAUAAUCUUUAUUAGGGGGUUGUCUUAAAAUGUUUUUUUUUCUGUAUGUUAAAAUAUGCAUGUCAAAUAUGUCCUUUUUAAAGAUAUUAUAAUAAAAUCUUCACAUUCUUUAGAAAUACAAGCGGCUGGGUUUCAGAUAAAUUGCCAGUUACCAUGAGAUUUACUCAUACAUAUUUUAUGUGACAGAUGAAGGGUUUGUCAUUUUUCGUCUUUCACCACAAACAAAAUGAACUAUUUCUUUAAAAGUAGCUGUGAACAUGUUUGUACAUUUUGUUUUGAUAUUUGUAUUUUUUACUAAUCUCUUUAUGCAAGGAGGUAAUAUUAUCUAUAAAGUUUGUGAGUAUGCCAUACGUAAGUUAUGCCAUACGCAAGUUGAGUGAAAGAUGUGUAAGACUGAAACCACUGUUUGAACGAUUAUCAGAGAGGGGGCCGUAUGUUCUAAGUUAAGUUGACAUUGUACAUAUCUGGAUACUGUAUGUCAAAAUCCUGGCCCGUGUUAACAGAACAUUUUCAGUCUCAGCUGAGUUUGAUAAUGAAACUUUGUUUGUCACUUGUUUCUAAAUAGCGAAUGUCUAUUCAGAAUGAAUUGAUGGUCAGUCUCAGUUGGAAAUUAAUCUUGAAGUUUUAAGUAAAAUUGAUAUGAAAAUUUCAAACUCAGACUCAGCUGAGACCGAAAAAUUAAUCAUUUAUUCUUGUGUUUUACAUAUAGUCAUAUAUACAACUAUUCGCAUGCAUGCCUUUAUUUUAUACUAAGUCUUUAUUAUUGGACUUAACGUGCUGUAAUUAUUUCUGUGUUCCCCCCACCCCCAUAAUAUUGGCCUAAUUAAAGAGCUAUAUUGUUUACAAACAUCAAUAUGUUAACUUUAAAAUUCUUGUACUAUAUGUAGUUUAUGUAAACAUAGAUUUUUAUGCUCCCAGAAGGGCGAGCAUAUAGUUGCCACUUUGUCCGUCCGUCCGUCCGUCACAUUUUUGUCCUGAGUAUAACUUGAAAAGUAUUAAUGCCAUUUGAUUGAAACUUCACAUGUCAUAUUGGCUAUUGAGACAAAGUGCACUGUCAAAGAAUCAUAACUCUACCUUACAUAGAUUUUGAAUUAUCGCCCUUUAUUAUACAAAAUAAGGCUUGUCCGGAGCAUUGAAACUUCAUAAAACGAUAGAGGCCAUUGACGGGAAGUGCAGUGUCAAAGAACCAUAACUCCUUUUUUACCUAUUUUUGAAUUACCUCCCUUUAUUAUACAAGAUAAGGCUUGUCCGGAGCAUUACUUGAAAAGUAUUAUGGCAUUUCAUUGAAACUUCACAAAAUGGUAGAGGCCAUUGACGGGAAGUGCAGUGUCAAAGAACCAUAACUCUACCUUACCUAGGUUUUGAAUUAUCUUUUUUUUUUAUCAUACAGAAUAAGGCUUGUCCGGAGCAUUACUUGAAAAGUAUUAAUGGCAUUUCAGUUUUCUUCUCUUUAUUAUCUCCAUUUUUUUUUGUUUCUAAUACGUUAUUCUCCAUAUUGGGACAAGCACGUGCAUCGGGGAGCAUCAUUCGGUUUUACCGAUUCCUUGUUUUGUAUAAUGACGUAUGUAUGAACAGUACUAAAAACAUGCAUUAUAAUUGAAACCGUACACUGAAUUAAUGUAAAGCUAAUUUGCAGUAUAAAUGUGUGCUUCACUAAACUGACUGGAAGCUUUUUCAAACAAUCAACUGUUACUAAAUGGCAUUUGAUUAUAAAUGUAGAUCUACAUAUAUAAUUAAUUCAUAUAUUUACUAGCAAUAUUAGUGAAUUGCGGGCAUUAGAUAUCUUUAAGUCUUGUCAUUUUUGUGUAUAAACAGUUUAGUGACAUGACCACUUUUUUAUUCUUCAGGACUUAUAGGAAAACAAUCAGUAAAUGUGUCGUAGCGCAGUGGUAGCGCGUCCGCCUUGAGAUCGAAGGGUCCCGGGUUCGAUUCCGACCACUGCCUUGGCGGUAGUGUCCCUAGGCAAGACACUUUAAUUCCACAUUGCCUCUCUCUCUGCUCUUAGAGGUUGGUUCCAUCGGGAAUGAGUCUCGAGAGCCAUUAAUAUAAGUUGUAAGAACUUGUUUGGCAAUCGAGAAUAAACAAAUUAGUAUAAACUAAAUGUGUCGUAUCAGCUAUUCAAUAAAAUAAUAGUGAUAAAUGUUUUCUAGUUUGAAGCAUUUUGGGUACAAUGAUGUUUAUAAGUAAAGAAGUUGGUCAUUAAUUUGCAUUUCUCGGAUGAUAUUUUGUCAUGUAUGUAUCGUAUGCAUUAACAUGUAUUCUCCAUACCUCAUGUUUUUAUUUCGAUGUAAAUGAGAUAUGGAACCAAACUUUGUAGUCCUGUUUGGCGCCAUACAACCUAUACUGUGUUGGUGCGCCGUAAAACCCAAAUAAAUAAAUCAAUAAGUAUUCUCUUGA